GCAUGCCAGGAAAACCAUGUGAUGCAACCGAAAACGCGAAAUGCAAGAUGGAUGGGGAAGGCUGUGUCAAAAUCGGCGACACAGCGCAGUGCAUUCCUCCAGGGAUGGCAGGAAAACCAUGUGAUGCAACCGAAAACGCGAAAUGCAAGAAGGAUGGGAAAGACUGUGUCCAAAUCGGCGACACAGCGCAGUGCAUUCCUCCAGGCAUGCCAAGAAAACCAUGUGAUGCAACCGAAAACGCGAAAUGCAAGAAGGAUGGGAAAGACUGUGUCAAAAUCGGCGACACAGCGCAGUGCAUUCCUCCAGGCAUGUCAGGAAAACCAUGUGAUGCAACCGAAAACGCGAAAUGCAAGAUGGAUGGGAAAGACUGUGUCAAAAUCGGCGACACAGCGCAGUCAAGCAUGGUGCUGUUUAUAUAA